AUGCAUUCAAGCAAGGCGGGGCCUUCUGCCUUCGUUUGCCUUCCAUGCGUUUGCCUCAAUGAAGACGUCGGGAAGCCGAUUGCUCAAGCGGGGCCCAGCUCCAGCUCGCAGAGUUCCGGCACCAUGGCACUGCAUGGGCCCCUACAUGGGCUGCUUCAUCAUCUCUGUGCCGGAGUCCGAAGACACUUACCCGUCAGCGCAAAGAAAUUUGUUGUCAAGGAAUCGAUCCGAUCGUGUGGGACGUUCUUCAUUGGGGUACAAGACCGCUGCAUGUACUCGCACACCUUCCACUUCAGCUGUGGCAGCGAGCCAUUCACCACAGGCUGCACGGCUGUGGUCCAGGUCAAAGUUUUCGGCAGGUCCUUGGGCGAAGGCGACGUUUUAAUGGACAUAAGCGUCGGCCAGCAGUUGCUGCGCGAGAUCAUGGCGUGCUACGAUCAUAAGAACCUCGAUCAGCUGGAGGAAUUUCAAAAGCCCAUGCGACGAAACACGACGGUGGAAGUCAUGGCAGAGGCCGUCCACCGGCGCUUUGUCUCCGGGCUGAAGCAACAUUUGGCAGGGGAACUUGCCCGGGGUAAGACCUUCGGUUCCAUCUCCAAAGUUGAGGUGGUGGUCAAGGAAAGCGACGUUGCUUUUGCCGGCUUCGGGGAAGAACUGGAUGUCACCAGCUUGUUAUCGGAAUGA